CCCUCCUCUACACCUACAGAUGGUAUAUUCCAUUUACGUCAUCCGCUUUGCCGAGGAACACUCGAAAAUCGGAGAAUCGACCGGGAUUUCGGAGAAGAAGUUUUCAUGCGAGAGGGAACAUGUCGACUGCAACACGGCUCUGUCUACUGGUGCCGCUUCUCGUCUUCUAUUCAGGUGCGGAAGGCCUCGAGGUAUGUUACAAGGACCUCGGCUGCUUCUCCAAUGCUGCGCCUUUCUUUAGCGCACAGCGCCCCCUGUCGCUCCUGCCUCAGAGUCCAGCGGACGUGGGCACAACUUUCGGGCUCUUCACCCGAGAAAACCCGACAACACGGGAGAGGAAGAGACUGCUGGCUGAAAGGGACGAUCUUCUGGAAGAUUCCACUUUUAACGGAGCGAGCAAGACAAAAUUCAUCAUACACGGUUUUCAGAACAAUGGGCACCGGCCGUGGGUCUACAACCUGACAGACGAACUGCUGAAGGAGGGUGACUAUAACGUGAUCGUUGUAGACUGGAAGGACGGAGCCGGCCUGCCCUACACACAAGCGGCCGCCAACACCCGGGUCGUGGCCGCCGAGACGGAGAGACUCAUCCGCUACCUCAACAACCGGACCCGAGCGGACUGGGCACAGAUGCACAUUAUCGGGCACAGUCUGGGCGCACAUACCGCGGGGUACGUGGGGCACGGACUGGGCAGUCUGGGCAGGAUAUCAGGCCUGGAUCCCGCGGAGCCUCUGUUUGAGCACACGGACCCGCUGGUGAGAAUAGACCCGGCAGACGCAGCUUUUGUGGACAUCAUUCACACCGAUGGCUCCAGUAUUCUCACUCUCGGCCUCGGGCUUGACCAGCCGGUGGGCGAUGUCGACUUUUACCCAGAAGGCGGUGCGAGGCAGCCCGGAUGUGGCGCGGAGAGUAUUAUCUCCAAGAUCGGGGUGAUCGCAGAGGGGCUGGUGACAGAGGGGUUCCAGGCGGCUAAGAACGCCUUCAGCUGCAGCCACACAAGAGCUAUAGAACUGUUUACCGAGUCCAUCAACUCUCAGUGCCAGUUCACGGCAUACCCCUGCUCCAGUUGGGAUGACUACGAGGCGGGGGACUGCAGUGACUGUGACGGCAGCUGUUCUGUCAUGGGUUUUCACGCGGACAAACAUGGCGGCGCCGGAUCCCUGUACCUCAACACCAACGACAAAGAUCCCUUCUGCUUGACAGACAUAGCCCUGCGGAACCGCAGCAGAUACUGUCUGCAGUCCCUCACACGGCAGAACCAGACUGUGAUAGAGAACUGCGUCAGCACCAUGGAGACAGUCUACGUCAACUUCACCACGAACCUGAAGGACACCAUCGCAGAGGAGAUCUUCUGCAGUGAGUACGAGAAGUUCCUGGAAUGCGUCACGGCAGUUCUGGACACAGUCAAGCCUUGUCAAGACACAUCCGUGAAAACUGUCAUCGGUUCGGCCUACACUAACUACUCUCUCACAGCGAACUAUGAAUGUGAGGAUCGGCACAAGGGUUACCGGGGCGGCGAGCCGUCCUCCCUGAGACAGACGUGUCUCAGUCUGUGGGUGACCAUGGCUGCUGUUGUGUUGUGCUUCUUCCUGGUUAUGACACAGGGCCGUUAGACGGCACGUGUCAGGUGAUUCUGUUGCAAACAGUUUCUGUUCAUGUUGUUGUUGCAGUACAUCGUAAGCAGUUAGUGAACCUGACAUUGGUUUUAAAACAGAAAGUGCUGCUCCAAAAAACGUAGGUUCUGUAUUUUUUGUGUCAUGUGAAUUAUGAAGGUUUAUUCUCGGGAUAGGGGCUUGAAUUGGGAACCGAGAAUGGUUGCACCCAACAUUUUUAGAAUUCAGAAUUUUGUACUAUAGAACAAUAAAAGUAUCAGUGCCUUAUUUGUACAUCUGUGUUUCCAGUGCCAACUUGGAUUUGAAAUUCUAAUCCUUGAUAGUAUUGAGUGAUCGCGCAAAGUGCCUGGGCAUAAAGGGACCAUACUUUAUAGCGUUUUUACCGUUUGCCUAUUAGGCAUGAAUUUUUAGAUCAGAUCCGAUUUAACACUUUUACUGUAUAUUAUGAUUAUGUAUCAUGGGAGAUUUUAAGUCUAUAAAGCCAAUAAAAAGGAAAGAAAAUCUAUGUUGCUAGUUUUAUACCAUCAUACAGUUUAAAACCUUCUUGGUUACAUGUUUUACUAAAACCUAUUUGACCCGCCGAAUGAUGAUGAUUUUUAUUUGUUAUAUUUUGAAGAAGCUUAUUUCGUUAGACUGGACUGGACGAUCAGGAACUUCUCACAGCGACGCAUGACAGACUGUACUGGAAGUCAAACUUCACUUACCGCACCUCAGAGGAUAACAAAUGAUGAUAUUUGUAAAAAGUCUUGCAGUAAAUUCUGUUGUAAAAAGGAGAACAUAAUGAGGUAAAUAUCAUUUAAUCCAGUAGAACAUAGUUACACAAUGUGUUCCAGUUUUCACCAUGCCCAAUAAUACAAGUAUAAAUACAAA